AUGUCGAGCACACCGCCUACCAAGAAAAACAUGCGGCCGUCCUCCUCCGCGGACACCAAGAGCAAUGGCUCUGACAGUGGCACUUCCAACUGGAGCACCUUGCCGUUCGUCCGGAGCUCCUCCUCCUCCCACCGAUACUGCCUCUGCUUGCUUGCGAUUGCCGGUGGAUCUGCGCUUGCUGCCGGUCCGGUGGCGUUCGAGGUCAGGGACAAGCUGGCCUCGCUCAAGGCCGACGACUGGGUGCGUGUCGUGGCCGUGUUUGUUCUCGGAAAAGAGUGGCAGUUCAAGGAUUGGCCCUUCAAGGGCCAUGUCGACAUCUUCAACAAAGUUAUUGGGUUCUUUGUAUGCUUUGAAGAUGAUAGUGUCGAUUCAGCAAAAGUGGUCAAACAGUGGAAUGUCAAAAUCAUAUCUAUAAGCAAGAAUAAAAGGCAUCAAGACAGACCGGCUGCUCUGGAGGUGUGGGAUCGGCUGGAUGAAUUUGUGCGGGCACGCUCAUAG